CCGAGUUUCGCAGUGUCCCGACCCCGAUGCUAGAAAAGUGUUUUGUACGCAGCCUUUCGAUCUUUUCUUUAAACUUCCACUUGCUUCCACAGACAUUGCGGUGAAGAAAGCGCAUGAAGGUAGAGGCAAUUAUAAGCACUGACGUCCUACUUACGCAAGUGAAGCUGCACGGAGAAAAACUAAAUGACGCAUUUAUUACUUUGAAGCCGUGACGAAUUAGAAAUAGAAUAAGGCGAAGGUUAGAACAAAAGUAGUGUCGCAGCUUUUCUACCCUAACGUCUACCCUCAAGACAACUUCGUCAAUCUCAAUCACCAUUCGUCCGAAAAACGUCGAGAACGAUGUUGGAUCGUACCUUUCGUGGGCAGGUUUUUGUAACAGUGGCAGCGCUCAUGCUCAUCUUCUUUUUCACGACUCACCAUCAACAUGGCAUUUCGGGGGUGAGACUCGUAGCCGCGGUUUCUGUAAGUUGUGAAACAGAUGGCUCUUUGGCGGCUACCGAUUGCGACACUGCGCUCGGAGGUGGAGCCGCCGGAGUAUUUGCAGUACUUGGAACAUGCGACGACUCCAUCGACCCGAAGACGGAUUCAGGUGUGUAUAGUGGAAGCACUUAUCAAUAUGAUUCCCCGUUCUUACGUAUGCUUUUUUGUGUUCCACCCUCAAAGAUGGUUCUUCAUCGUUCGGCAUCAAAUCGUGCGUCCGUUCGUUAGUCGUUCUCGUUCUUGCUGCCACACGUCGUCGUCGACCCAAUAAAAAAAUAGAAUCUACGUUCAUGAACAGUAUUUCCGCAAUUGAAAUACAGAAAGAAGAUGUGAGCAUCGUGAUCUUCGUGCGAAUAAAAAACGGACAACUCUUACAGACGUGGCUCGCUCAGGCUUUGAACUGGUUGUUGUAGGUCACAGGAGGACGGAGUACUUGAUUUUAUUUAAGAUUAGAUCUUUAUCACCUCCGCCUAGCACUGACUCGUUGGAGAGAUAAGAUAAACAAGCCGCAAGAAGCUGCUCGGUCCAGCUGUCGAUGCUGGAGGAAAGUUUGUUGAAGCUGCAAUCAAUUUAAAGUAUUCUGUUAGUUUUUACUUGUAUGUAGUGAGGUCAGAGUAUGCUCCUCCGAGAAGGAAGUACUUCCUCGCUCCCAGUAGUCCGCUCUCGGCAGACGGCAUUCUGAAAAGAGCGUUGCGCACUAAAUACGCAAAAGUCACGACAAAUAAGACGGCUUUGCCGUGCCCAAGUGGCAUUUUGGUGGCUCCUGGAUCUUGCCAAAGUGGACAAAUAUGAAUAUCUUUAGUUUAUCUACUGUUGGACGACUACACGGAGUUGAUGCUACUGUCUUUUUUGAAUGAACAAAAUUACCUAAGAACUUGCAACGCA